GAAAUAUGCCGCAAUAUCGAUACUCUGUAGUAGUGGAAUAAUUGAUUAUCAGGUUACAUACAUUGGGGAAAAAUGAACACUUCAACCCUAUUCUUAAUCGUCUUAUUGGGAUUCACAACUGCAGUACCUCUUCAGCAAUGGCAUGCAAAUAAAUAUUCUAGUGAAUACCACAAACCAAAUCAAAGAGGCCUCUUCAGCUCACUGGGUAAAUUAUUCAACCCAUCAUCGAACAAAAGAAUACUAAACUCCAGAGGUGGUUUCUCCUCUGGCGAAAGGUCUCUCAAUCUUUUUGAUGACAGUGUUGCCAACUCAAAAAUUUCUGGGUCCGGAUCAGAUAGUGACUGGAUAAAUGGAGGUUUCAGUCCAGGGAAACGUUGUGCCAAUCUUAUGGGUGAAAGUUGCAAUAAUGGAGGUGUUCCAGGCUCUGGAUCAGAUGAUGACUGGAUUCAUGGAGGCUUCAGUCCUGGAAAGCGUAGCCUCAAUCUUUUUGAUGACGGUGCAGCGAACUCAAAAAUUUCUGGCUCAGGAUCUGACACUGAAUGGAUAGACGGAGGCUUCAGUCCAGGGAAACGUUGUGCCAAUCUUAUGGAUGAAAGUUGCAGUAAUGGAGGUGUUCCAGGAUCUGGGUCGGAUGAUGACUGGAUACACGGAGGUGCAACUCCUGGAAAGCGUAGCCUCAAUCUUUUUGAUGACGGUGCAGCGAACUCAAAAAUUUCUGGCUCAGGAUCUGACAGUGAAUGGAUACAUGGGGGAUUCAGCCCAGGCAAACGUAGUCUCAACCUUCUUAAUUAUGCAUCCAAUUCAAAAAUCCCUGGAUCGGGAUCAGACAGUGACUGGUUGAACCUUGAUGGAUUCAAUUCCGGUAGAAGAGGUAUAAAGAGUUCCGAAAAAAUUGGGCAUGUAUUUGGAGGUUGAUUGAAGUUUCUUCUAAUUUUAUCGAGAUUGUUUGAACAUUGUUCAUUAAAUGUUUUGAAUAAUCAAUAAAGAGAUACUUUGGUUUGA